GGCGCUACAGGUACAGCAUGUUUCGGAAAUGUUCGCGUACCAGGAUGUCACAAGGCGCUAAGUUUUAACCAUAAAUGUUAAAUAAUUUGACAAAUUAUCUCUGGGAAAGAAUCUUACUUUGGAUCACUUUUAAACAGGAAAAUAGGAUUAAAAAGAACUAAGCCGAAUUUUAAUUUUGUGCGAAAUACAGCGGGAGGCUGCCGAGCGGCUUUUGAACGCGAUGCUGUUUGUGUAAGGUUGAGCUAGCAUGCUAAGCUAAGUGCUAGCCCAAGCUAAGUUAAUGUUGGACUGAUAAGAGAUUGGCUUCUGUGGACAUGGCAGCGGGAACAGGAGGAUCUUUGGAAGCCACACUGGACAAGAGGUUCAGAGGUCUGACCAACACGAUGGACUCCAUCCAGGGACUGUCAACAUGGUGCAUAGAAAACAAGAAGUACCACAGCCUCAUUGUGCGCCAGUGGGUGAAGUGCUUGAGGAAAUCUAACGCCUCCCACAGACUGAACCUGUUGUACCUCGCCAACGAUGUCAUUCAGAAUUGCAAAAGGAAGAACGCCAUUAAUUACCGCACUGCGUUUGCCGAGGUGCUGCCAGACGCCUUCCAGCUGGUCAAACUCGAGGGUGACCCCAAGACGAUGAAAUCCGUGGAGAGGAUUCUGUCCAUCUGGGAGGAGAGGGAAGUCUACUCAGGGACGCUUGUUACUGAUCUCAGGAAUAUCCUGGUCAAAGAAGAGUCGCCUCCCGAGACGCCUGUGGAGCAAAAAGCUCCGGUUGAGUCUAAAGCUGAUCUGCGAUCCAAGGUUGUUGCUGAGUUUGUGCCUCAAGCCUUUAUCGACCAGCUGACCAAGUACAAGAAAUCUCUGGAGGAAGUUGACAUCAGAGAAAAACAGCUGGCUGCCAUGAGGGUGGACAUCUUCAGCUCUGAGGCUCUCAGGAAACUCAAAGAUAAAGCAGGGGGAAAGAAGUUCUCCAGAGACUUUGAGGAGGGAAGCGCUCAGCUGCACGAGUUUGUCAGGUUUUUUGAGAAACAAAGCAAAACUGCCCCUGCGCUUCUUGAAGCUCUUGGGAAUGCAGACAUCUUCUACGAGAUGCAGUACAAAGAGGUCAAGAUUGUUGCUAAUGCCUACCAAACCUUCGCAAACCGGGUUUCCCACCUCAAACGUAAGCUGGACGCCCUGAAGUCCACCUUACCGGACCUGGACGAGUCACCCAUACCUUCGCCUACCGCAGACGCUCCGUCUCCGACCGGAUCCGAGUCUCCGUUCCAUGGCUUGGACUUGGCCAACCCUGACCCAGACCUGGACGGUUCGCUUAUGGAGGAUGAUGCCGAGCCUCCGGCCCCGAGUCCUCUGUCUUCUCCUGGAGCGUCCCCGAGACAAGCGGAGCCCAUUGGGGAGGACGACAACCGGGAAGUAGAGGACAUGGAGCUCUCUGAGGACGAAAUGGACAGUGGUGGGAUCAUAGUUGAGGAGCAAAAACAAUCCCUCACCCAACCAGCGGUGUCUACUCCAAUCCCUGCAAAGAGUGAGCCAUCAGCAGCAACCGAGCUGCAGGUCAAAACUCCUGCAGCUUCUUCAGCUGUUCCUGCAGAAGUUCCUGCAGCUCUUCCUGCGACCAUCCCAGCAACUGAUUCCUCAGCUGUUCCUCCGCUCAUCCCUUCACCUGCAGAUGUUCCCACAAACAUCCUUCCAACUGUUCCUGCGUCUGUUUCUACAGCAGUUUCUGCAGCUGCCUUGGAAAGUGUUGAUUUGGGUAAAAUUGGCUCCAUCCUCAACAGCUUGGGUCCAGUUAUAAAGACUACAACAGCUGCAGUGGAGAAUCGUCCGGCAGCUCCACCAUUAUUACCCAAACCCUCCGCUCCGUUAGUCCCUCAGGAUGCCAGUUCCCUGGUGAACAUCCUCUCCAAGGUGGAUGUGAGUCCUGCAGACCUUCUGAGUGCCCUGUCCAAAGUUCAGAGCCAAAGCAGUUUGAAGGGUGUCACUCCUCUACUGUCUCCAAAUAUGGCCCCGGACCUGUUCCCUCCAGGCAAGAUUGCUUCCUCUCACCCGUCCUCAUCUGCAUCAGCAGCACCUCCUCGGAGCACAUCUCUCUCCUUUCCACCACCUGUGCAUUCUGCACAGCAGAACUCUCAACCGGCCCCCAAAGCCUCUGCCCUGGUGCAGGCUCUGCACAGAGAUAUGGAUUUGAGUGCAGAUCCAGAACCGUCUAUUUCCUCUACAAGCUUAGAGUCGAAAAUACACAACUUCCUGCAGGGGAACCCUGCGUUCAGUGCGUUCGACCAGAGUUUUCCAACAAACCGGGCUGUGCGAGGGGAGAAUUUUAGCCCGGUAACUGGCACAGACAACCAGGAGGGAACGCCAGUGAGGGACGAGGGAGGAGGCACUCCCACUCAAGAUGAGAUGAUGGACAAGCCGGUGGCGGUCCCCUUCCCUUCUGGCAAGAAUCUAUCAACUGUUGACAAAGCAGCCAAUGCUCUUCCUGUAGCAUUUGAGAAUAAGAACCCCAACAACCCCCGACAUGUAGCUCACCCGCUGCCAGGCUUGGCUCAAAAUGGGCAGAUCUUCCAGCCCUUCCCCAUUGGCAAUCAGGAGAUGUUGGAGAGUGGGAUUCCUGCGCCAGCUGCACAUUACCAACAUGUUUCCGUGCAUCCAGGAGGGCCUGGAGCUGCAGGUGGCGCUGGGGGCUCACAGACAAUUGAGGGCUUUCAGAGGACAAACGAACAGAGUUGGUUUGGUGAUCCCCACCCUGAGGGGGGCUCUCGGCAGCCUGGCGGCUACAACAUGUUAGCGUCGGGACUUGGAGACAACACAACAGGACUGUACCCCUACCAACAAGAGCAAACUCCGGAGCAGCUUCCGCCCGUCGCCCCCGCUUUCUUUAGAGCUACUCUUCCUCCAGUCCCAAAAGUACCGCCCCCACCACCACUUACUUUCGAACCCCUGCUGACGCCCCCAGUGGGUGGUCUGAUGAACCCCCCACAGCAGGAGCUUGCACCCAACAUCGGGAACAGAGGCGACAACUUCAGCAACAUGGUGGUUCAUGACCAUCAGCAUACUUACCCGGAUGAUCUGUUCCAUGACCCGCAUUGCCAGCAGCAACCUCACCAGGAGGAUAUGCCUUACCAUGAUGAUGAGCAUUUCCUCCAUGACGAUCCCUACUAUCCACCUGAUGAUGCGUAUUUCAGACCUGGGAGUCCUCCUCGCCCUCCUCCUCCUCACCCAUACCCACGAGGCCGAGGGCACCUCUCUCCCCCGCUCUCCUCUCCAAAGGACCCUUACUUUGCCCAUGAGCAGCACAAUCCCCCUCCUCCACGUCAGUUCAUGCCGAGGCGGCCGCCUCCUCCUCACCACGAAAUGCGCCACCCUAUCCAACGGCCCCCACACCUAUCCCGGCAUCCGCCCCCCAGAGGCCCUCCUCGCGCGCCUUUUCCUCGUUUCAACGGCCCCGACCCAAGGUUCAGAGGCAAGCGGCCCGGCCCGAGAGGAGGGGGUCUGAUGUUCCCUCCGAAAAGACCUUUCCUACCCCCGCGGUACUGACGGCUCCGACUUGAAUCAGUAGCUAGUCAAGAGAGUUGAAGUCCAAACUCCGUUAAAGCUGUGCAGAUCCCAGUGAGCAUCAACGGACAUUUCAGAAAUCCGAGAUGGAAAAAAAUGGCGGCGAAGAGGGAAAAACGGACAAGAUCCCGGGGCGCCCCGAGAAGGCUGCUGAGCUGUGAAGACAGAAGAUUAAAGAAAAUCAGAGGUGGAUAUAUAAAUAUAUACAUAUAUAAUUCACUUUUUGUGUUGUUUUUGUUCUAGUAUGAGUCACCGCAUUAAAUGUUUAACUUGUAAAGGAGCGUUAGUUUAAUAAAGGUUAGAUUGAAUCAGUUCACAUGCAGUCAGCUGUAGGUUUACUCCUCACAGACCGUCCCUCAUAUUUCUGUUCCUCCAGGUCUGUUACGAUCAUUCGUUUAGCUACCAACUAGCAGAAAAUGUAGUUGCUGUCAUGUUUUUUUCUCUAAUUUAGUUCCCACCAAGCGGUUUUGCCUUCCAAAUCCACAGUAUAGCGGUAGUUAUUUUUGUCAAAUAUUAAUUUAAAUCCCACUAUAAUCAGUUUUGGUGUGCUUAAAGAAAAAUAUUAAGUUGCUUUUUCCGACAACAUAUUUGGUGGAUCGUUUUUUUCUUUCAUUGUUCAUACUUGGAAAUGUCCUAUUUGUGAAGCCAUGCUCCUUCAGCCAGUGCGCCAAGAUGUCUUCACUGAUAGUUUUACGUCUCAGUUAAGUUUUUCAAAAGGAGAUCGCCGCAAAUCGAGAAAGAUGGGAGGCGUUAGGUGUUUUUUUUUGUUUCUUCAUCGUUCAACACCAACAUCCCCGAGGAGUAAAUAUCUACAGGAGGUGAAGAUAUUAUCAGUUUUUAUGUCAUUGUACUGACCAAUAAAAGUCUGAGUUUGAAA